UGUUUAGACACCUUUCAGACAUCUUGCAUUUUUCAGUCUGAAAGAACGAAUUUAUAAAAUACCGUUGACUUCAUCGGGCCAAGCGAACCCGAAAUAACAGGGCCUUUAUUGUUGAUAUUCGUGACUUAUUUGUAUUUCGACCGAAUGCAUGUGAGGCUAUAGGUGGCUGAACCGAGAGCUCGCGUGCCAAACCACUGAGCGGAUUGUCUCUCCCGGGGCUCUCGAGCCGUAUUGUGCGUCAUUUUCAUAGCUGCAUCUUGUUUUUCUAUCGAGGCAACAUGGCAACUCCCGCCGCGGUCAAUCCAUCGGAGAUGGGCAGUGAGUUGCCGGGGCCCGUUACUAUGCCGGGGGCGGUGGUGGGGGCAGGCCAAGUGAGGAUGGGCGGAGCCAUGCCGGGCCGCGGGGGCAAGAGGAGAUCCGGAGGGAUGGACUUUGAUGACGAGGAUGGGGAAGGACCAAGUAAAUUUUCAAGGUAUGAUGAUGAUGAUCAGAUACCUGGUGAUGAUAAGGAGAGAUAUGCCAGAGAGAACCACAGCGAGAUAGAGCGGCGUCGCCGUAACAAGAUGACCCAGUACAUAACGGAGCUGUCGGACAUGGUGCCCACCUGCAGCGCUCUGGCCCGCAAGCCAGACAAACUGACUAUCCUCCGCAUGGCCGUGUCCCACAUGAAGUCCAUGAGAGGGACCGGGAACACGUCCACUGACGGGGCGUACAAGCCCUCCUUCCUGACCGAACAGCAGGGUCUACAAACCCUCCUCCUCAGCAAACAGGAGUUGAAGCACCUCAUCCUGGAGGCGGCCGACGGCUUCCUGUUUGUGGUCGCCGCGGAGACGGGCCGCGUGAUCUACGUGUCUGACUCGGUGACACCGGUGCUCAACCACCCGCAGUCGGAGUGGUUUGGCAGCACGCUGUAUGAACAGGUGCAUCCUGACGAUGUGGACAAGUUGCGGGAACAGCUCAGCACCUCAGAGAAUUCCAUGACAGGGCGUAUCCUGGACCUGAAGACAGGAACAGUGAAGAAAGAGGGGCAACAGUCGUCUAUGAGGAUGUGCAUGGGCUCCAGACGAUCCUUCAUCUGCAGAAUGAGAUGUGGCAGCACCCCACUGGACCACAUCUCUCUCAACCGACUGUCCAACAUGAGGAAGAGAUACAGGAACGGUCUGGGACCCUCGAAGGAGGGAGAGGAUCAGUACUCUGUGGUGCACUGUACCGGCUACAUCAAAGCAUGGCCCCCAGCAGGUAUGACCAUACCAGAAGAAGACACAGAGGCAGGACAGACCAGUAAAUACUGCCUUGUAGCCAUCGGAAGACUGCAGGUGACCAGUUCUCCCGUUUCCAUGGAUAUGAACGGCCUGACGGUUCCCACAGAGUUCCUGUCGCGCCACAACUCCGACGGCAUCAUCACUUUCGUGGACCCGCGGUGCAUCAACGUGAUUGGAUACCAGCCUCAGGAUCUGCUGGGGAAAGACAUCCUGGAGUUCUGUCACCCAGAGGACCAGAGUCACCUGAGAGAGAGCUUUCAACAGGUGGUAAAGUUGAAAGGCCAGGUGUUGUCUGUAAUGUACAGGUUUCGUAUGAAGAACAGAGAGUGGAUGUUAAUCCGCACCAGCUCCUUCACCUUCCAGAACCCCUACUCCGAUGAGAUCGAGUACAUCAUCUGUACCAACACCAACGUCAAGCAGCUCCAACAGCAGCAGCAGGCAGAGCUGGAGGUCCAUCAGAGAGACGGCCUGACAGCCUACGACCUGUCUCAGGUGCCCGUUCCCAGUGUGGGAGGAGGGGUUCACGAGGCGGGCAAGAACACUGACAAGACGGACACCAUGUUCUCACAGGAGAGAGACCCACGCUUUGCUGACAUGUACUCCGGCAUCUCUGGCUCUGGUGAGAAGAAAAUGAUGGUUCCUUCGUCUACAGCGGGAGGUCAGCAGCUCUACUCCCAGAACUCUCCCUUCCAGCCCGGACACUCUGCCAAGAGCUUCAGCUCCUCAGUGAUCCAUGUCCCGGGGGUGAACGAUAUCCAGCCGUCGGGAUCGUCCAAUCAGAACCUAGCUCAGAUCUCCAGACAGCUCAACCCAGGACAGGUGGCCUGGACUGGCAACAGACCCCCGUUCUCUGGCCAGUCCACUAAGGCCCAGUCCAGUCCGUUUGGGAUAGGCUCUGGCCACAGUUACCAAGGAGACCCAUCUUCCUAUAGCCCCCUGUCCUCCCCUGCCACCUCAUCGCCCAGCGGCAAUGCCUACUCUGGACUGGCCAACCGGAGCACGGCGUUCGAUGUGUCAGGAGAGGGCAGUCAGAGUGGGGGUCAGUUCCAGGGUCGGCCUAGUGAGGUCUGGUCCCAAUGGCAGAACCAGCACCAUGGCCAACAGGGAGGAGAGCCACACUCUCACCCCAACCCCUCCCAGACAGAGGUGUUCCAGGACAUGUUGCCGAUGGCAGGAGACCCAACACAAGGAACAGCCAACUACAACAUUGAAGACUUUGCUGAUCUGGGCAUGUUCCCUCCCUUCUCCGAGUAGAACCAUUUAACGUUCUAUCAAUGGAACACUGCUCUGUUCUUCCACUAGAACCCUCUGAUAGAGGAAAAGGAAUAGAACACAAUGUGCUGGUUCCUUCAUGGCUCCCCAACCUCACACACACACUUUAUCACACAGUGAAUGUCCAGAUGCACCCUCUCAUAAACACACACACACUCUGACACAUACCUGUUUCCUUUACGAGAAGAGAGUUGGUUCUAUAGAAGACUGGUACAUUGCUAGUGGUGUACUGACCUUUUCCUUUGUAAUAAUGUCUUCUUCAUUCACUUAAAUGAUGCCUGUUCUUUUAACAAAGGCUUGUGAAUUUAAAGGUGCAAUCUGUAACUUUCAUUUCCCCUAGUGGCAUCUUGAAGUACUACAAAAUAUGCCAAGAAGCAGUAAAAAAAUACAAAGCCUAGAAAAUUCACCUGUGCAGACCCCCUUUCGUUUGCAAACAAUUGCAGAGGCAGGCAGCACUUUGGGGGGGAAACAAAAAUGACAGAUUGCACCUUUUAAGCUGCCAAUAUCCACUUUGCACUCCACUCUGCCAAACUGCUCCAGGCCAAGAGACACUCACCACGCUGAUCAAUGUUGGUACCAUCGAUACAUAUUAUCAUACAGUAUGUCACUGCUGCUCCUCCCUCAGUAUUACAUUAAGCUUUAUGCUGUAAAUUAUACCUAUAUGUAGUGAUGUUCAUAACACCUAGAUAAAACCUACGAAAGUCUAGAAGGAUUCUGUGUAGAAAAAAUACAAAUAAAGAUUCCACUCACCGGCAAAAGUCGCUAAGCUACAAUGCUUAAGUGCACUUCAUCGAAGCUAACCGCUAAAACUCACCAGCUUGCUAAAAGGGAAAAAACCGCCAUACCGCCAAAGCAACGCAGUACAGUAUAUAUACUAGUUUAGUGUAUCCUUGUGGCUCUCGCUGCUCUACUUUAUAACUUUAUUAUAUUAUUCUCUUUUCUGAUUAUUAACAGAGACUGAAUUCUACUUUAUAGCGAGGGAACUUUUACAUGAUAGAUUGUGUACCGUGUCUCUGGUUAAUGACUGAUGGGACAGAAUGAUAGAUUGUGUACCGUGUCUCUGGUUAAUGACUGAUGGGACAGAAUCUACAACUGGAAUCCUUUUGCUAAAAAAAAAUCUAAAAAUGUAUGUUUUUGUAAAUAAUGUGAUUUUUAUGUUGACUCGUUACUUUUACACAGUAUACGUUGUUUUUUGUGUAGGUUUAUGUAGGUGUCAUCAAUGUGUGCAAUGUGAGUACAUAUUUAACUAUCGGUAUUUAGUUUAGUCUUAAUUGUACAUUGAGUUUAAGGAACCUGUAUAAAAGUGUGUAAAUGUUACCCAUUAUUUUUGUUUAACACAUUUUUGUGCUCGUGAAAAUAAAUGUUUAUUGGUUACGUGGCUUCUAAUCAAA